AUGCCAAGCAAGAAGAUUACCGUGAAAUCCUCCAACCUCAAGGAAAGCUCUGAAUGUAUUCAAAGCAAGUAUAUCUAUCGCUAUAACAAGACGGAAACUCGCACACAAGAAGAUGGUACCACAGAAAUUGUUGUUGAACCCAAGACAGUGAAUCUUGAAUUUAAGACUGAAAAGAAGAUUGGUCGAGUGGGUGUCAUGUUAGUGGGUUGGGGUGGAAACAAUGGUUCUACACUCACUGCUGGUAUCUUGGCCAAUAAGAAUAAAUUGCAAUGGGAAACAAAGGAAGGAAUUCACACUGCUAAUUGGUUUGGAAGUAUUACGCAAUCAAGUACAAUUCAUCUCGGAGGACAACAAUAUUGUGCCCUCAAGGAUGUUGUUCCAAUGUUGAACCCAGAUGAACUCUUUGUUGAUGGUUGGGACAUUUCCGAUUUGAACAUUUAUGAUUCUUGCAGAAGAGCCAAGGUUUUGGAUAUUGAAAUACAAAAGGCUCUCGAGCAAGAAUUGAAGCAAUACAAACCACGUGCAGCAAUUUAUGAUCCAGAUUUUAUUGCUGCAAAUCAAAAUGACAGAGCAAACAAUGUCAUUUCUGCAACACACAAGUUCGAGCAAAUGGAACAAAUUAGAAGUGACAUUAGAGACUUCAAACAAAAACAUCAAUUGGACAAGGUCAUUGUAUUGUGGACUGCCAACACUGAACGUUUCUGUAAAGUUUCUGAAAAUUUGAAUUCCACUGCUCAAGAAUUAAUGGAUAGCAUUAAGAACAACGAGAGUGAAGUAUCACCAAGUACCUUGUACUGUGUUGCUUCAAUUUUGGAAGGUUGUUCUUACCUCAAUGGUUCUCCACAAAAUACCUUUGUUCCUGGUGUGAUUGAAUUGGCUCAACAACAUGGCGUCUUUAUUGGAGGUGACGAUUUUAAGAGCGGUCAAACAAAGAUCAAGUCAGUUUUGGCUGACUUCCUUGUCGGAGCUGGUUUAAAGCUUGCUUCUAUUGCCAGUUAUAAUCACUUGGGUAACAAUGACGGAAAGAAUUUGAGUUCACCACUUCAAUUCAGAUCAAAGGAAGUUUCCAAGCAAAGCGUUGUCGAUGACAUGGUUUUGAGCAAUGACAUUCUCUAUCCUAAUAAGCAAUCAGAUGCUCCAGAUCACUGCAUUGUUAUUAAGUAUAUUCCAUAUGUUGGUGACAGCAAGCGUGCUCUCGACGAAUAUAUCAGCGAAAUUUUCAUGAAUGGUAAAAACACCAUUGUGAUUCACAACACUUGUGAAGAUUCUCUCUUGGCCACUCCACUCAUGCUCGAUUUGGUUGUUUUAACUGAACUCAUGGAGAGAGUGACAUUCAAGCAAAUUGACACUGUUGAACAAGAUUUCUCGACUGCUGACUGCAAGGAGUUCCGUAAAAUGGACUCGGUGAUGAGCAUUUUGAGCUACUUGUUCAAGGCUCCACUCGUCAACACAAACGCUCCUGUUAUCAACGCCUUGUUCAAACAACGAGCAGCUAUUGAUAACAUUUUGCGUGCCUUAAUUGCAAUUCCACCAGAAAACGACAUGCUUUUGGAGUACAAGCUUCCACUCUCCAACUAA